CGAAUAACAGCUUCUUCUUCACUUGCUGGAUAUUGAGAAACUCUGAGAAGAGUUUAAACACAGACAGUUCUGACUCUUCAAGAAGAAGACAGACAAAAAUAAAGGUGUGAAGUACAAGGAGGAAGAAAAUGGCUGAAUCUUCAUUACAGACACCAAAAGAAACAAGAAGGCAGAGCAAAGAUCAAAAAUCACCAUCACUUUGUGCUCUGGAUAAACCUGAGGUUCUUUGUGAUGUCUGCACUGGAGUGAAGCAGAAAGCCCUGAAAUCCUGUCUGGAUUGUGUUAUGACAUUUUGUAUAUCUCAUUUAGAGCCUCAUAAUAAUACUCCAAAACUUAAGAAACACAAACUAAUAAACCCAGUGAAAAACCCAGAGGACUACAUAUGCCAGAAGCACAGGAGACCCCUGGAGCUGUUCUGCAGAGAUGACAAAACAUGUGUGUGUAUGGUCUGCACUGUGACUGACCACAAGAAGCACAACACUGUUCCUGUAGAGGAGGGGAUUGGAGAAAUGAAGUCACAGCUGGAGAAGACACGGACAGAAAUGCAGCACAUGAUGCAAUACAGACUGAAGAAGAUCAAAGACUUUAAAGGCUCAGUAGAGCUCAGAAAAAGAAACACAGAGAAAGAGAUUGCAGACAGUGUUGAAGUCUUCACUGCUCUUAUGCGCUCCAUUGAGAGAAGCCAAGCUGAGCUGGUAAAGGCGAUGGAGGAGAAGCAGAAAGCAGCAGAGAGGCAGGCUGAAGACCUCAUUAAAGAGCUGGAGCAGGAAAUCACUGAGCUAAAGUGGAGAGACACUGAGCUGGAGCAGCUCUCCCACACUGAGGACCACCUCCAGCUCCUACAGAUUUACCCAUCACUGUGCAGACCUCCACACACCAAGAACUGGACUGACAUCAGUAUUGACCCUCAUCUGAGUGUAGAGCCUGUGAGAAACGCUCUCUCUGAACUUCAGACAAGUGUGGAGAAGAUGUUGAGCGAAUCAGUCUCAACAGAGGUGAAGAGGAUUCAGCAGUAUGCAGUGGAUGUGACUCUGGAUGCUGAUACAGCUCAUCGCUAUCUAAUUCUGUCCAAUGAUGGAAAACAAGUGAGAGAUGAAAAGAGAAAACAGAAGGUUCCUGACAACCCAAAGAGAUUUAAUGGAUGUACUUGUGUCUUGGGAAAGGAGGGAUUCUCCACUGGGAGGUUUUACUAUGAGGUGCAGGUCAGGGGGAAGACAGACUGGGAUUUAGGAGUGGCCAGAGAGUCCAUUAACAGGAAGGGGAAGAUUACACUGAGCCCACUGAAAGGAUUCUGGACUGUGAGGUUGAGGAAUGGGAAUGAGUAUAGAGCUUGUGCUGAUUCCCCAGUCCUCCUCUCCCUGAGAGAGAGGCUCCAGAAGGUGGGAGUGUUUGUGGAUUAUGAGGAGGGUCUGGUCUCAUUUUAUGAUGUGGAGUCCAGAUCUCAUAUCUACUCUUUCACUGGUCAGUCUUUCACUGAGAAACUCUAUCCAUUCUUCAGUCCCUGUAAAAAUGAUGGAGGUAAAAACUCAGCUCCACUGAUCAUCUCACCCGUACCAAAGACUGAAUAAACUUUCAGUUGUAACUACAAUAGGAAAACUACAACAAAACAGAUUUAAUGUUUUCUGAUACACUAUGGGAGAAAACUGUUAUCUACUGUUUACUUACAACACACACACACACACAC